AUGUCGCUCUGCCCACCAUACGCGCCCUUCUUCGGAUUUGGAGGAGUCGCCUCAGCCAUGAUCCUCAGCACUGUCGGCGCGGCGUUUGGUACGUCGAAAGCGGGCAUUGGGAUCGCGGGUCUGGGGACGUUCAAGCCCGAGCUGAUCAUGAAGUCCCUUAUUCCUGUCGUCAUGUCCGGUAUCAUUGCCGUGUACGGGCUCGUGGUCGCUGUGCUCAUAGCGGGCGGACUGCAAGCAACGGACUACUCGCUGUACGCGGGCUUUGUCCACCUGGGCGCGGGUUUAGCGUGCGGAUUCACAGGUCUCGCAGCGGGGUAUGCGAUCGGUUACGUAGGUGACUCGUGUGUACGCGCAUACGUGUACGAGUCAAAAGUAUUCGUGACGAUGGUGCUCAUCCUGAUCUUCGGAGAAGUGUUAGGGUUGUACGGCCUCAUUGUAGCUCUGAUCAUGAACUCACGGGCAACGGAGGCACCACACUGUAUAUGA